UAAAACAUUCCGGCACAAACACCUCUCCACACAAGGUUCCUCUUGCUUCCGUCCGGUGCUCGCUGCUGCAUUCUGGAGCGGCCGCUGUGGGCCAUGGAAGCAGCCUUUAGCACGCGUCUCAUUUGCUCUGUCACACCCAGUUAAACAAGUCCCGGCCAUCAUUAGACUAACAGCGGUCGCAUUGAGUCAGCGAGGAGUGUCAACCAGUGAAUGCAUAGAGUUAAGAAGGUGAAACUUUGUGACAAAUCAGAAGGCAUUUGGAAAAGCUGUGUUAGCGUAAACAUGAGCGGAGUGGACGGGCUGACGGACAGCACAGAGGUGGUGGAUAUGGAGGAUGUACCGUCACAGUUCUUUGUGGAGAAGCACUCCUGGGACGGGCUCCGGGACAUCAUCCACUGUAGCAGGAAGUACUCUGGGAUGAUCGCCAACAAAGCCCCUCAUGACUUCCAGUUUGUGCAGAAGAAGGACGACAACGGACCCCACUCACAUAGGCUAUACUACCUCGGGAUGCCUUAUGGAAGCAGAGAAAACUCCCUGCUCUACUCAGAAAUCCCCAAGAAGAUUCGCAAAGAGGCCCUGCUAGUUUUAUCCUGGAAACAAAUGCUGGACCACUUCCAGGCCACGCCACACCAAGGAGCUUAUUCCAGAGAAGAGGAGCUGCUGAGGGAGCGUAAAAGAUUAGGAGCGUUUGGGAUCACGUCGUACGACUACCAUCCCCAGACCGGCCUGUUCCUCUUCCAGGCCAGCAACAGUCUCUUCUACUGCCAAGACGGAGGCAACAACGGCUUCAUACAGUCUGCCCCAGUCAAGCCUGUGGAGAUCAAGACUCAGUGCACGGGGACGCGCAUGGACCCCAAAAUCUGCCCCGCCAACCAAAACUUCAUCGCCUUCAUCAACAACAACGACCUAUGGAUAGCAAACAUUAAAACCGGGGAGGAGAGGAGACUAACUUUCUGCCACAAAGGUUUAGAUAAUGUCAAAGAAGAUCCCAAAUCUGCAGGCGUAGCAACGUUUGUCAUUCAGGAGGAGUUCGACCGCUUCACUGGGUACUGGUGGAGUCCCUCAGCUGUAGAAGACAACGAUGGAGGAAAGACGGUGCACCUUUUGUACGAGGAGGUGGAUGAAACAGACGUAGAAAUCAUCCACGUGCCCUCGCCAGCGCUGGAGGAACGGAAAGCAGACGCCUACAGAUACCCACGCACAGGAAGCAAAAACCCUCAGGCAACACUCAAAUUAGCAGAGAUCAAAACAGACCAUCAAGGAAGAAUUAUCAGCACACAAGACAAAGAGCUAGUAGUCCCAUUCAACUCCUUGUUUCCUGGGACUGAAUACAUCGCGAGAGUGGGGUGGACUAGUGAUGGAAAAUAUGGCUGGGCAGUGCUAUUGGACCGCAGUCAGAGGAAACUGCUCCUCCUCCCUCCCGCUCUUUUCAUCCCCGUUACAGAUGACCCCACAGUACGGCAGGAGCAUGUAGAGUCUGUACCCCCCAACACACAGCCCUACAUCAUCUAUGAAGAGACCACAGAUGUCUGGAUCAAUGUCCAUGACAUAUUUUAUCCUUUUAUUCAAACGUCAGAGGAGGAGUUUAGCUUCAUUUGGGUCAAUGAGUCCAAAACAGGCUUUAGCCAUUUGUAUAAAAUUACAUCUCUGUUUCAACCGCGGUGUUAUCGGUGGACAGAAGGUUACCAGCAUUCAAAAGGAGAUUUUACAUGUGCAAUCAAGGAGGAGGUUGUAUUGACGUGUGGGGAGUGGGAAGUUUUGGCAAGACAUGGUUCAAAGAUCUGGGUGAACGAGACGACCAAAGUGGUGUUUUUCCAGGGCACCAAAGACACACCCCUGGAGCAUCACUUGUAUGUAGUGAGCUAUGAAUGUCCGGGGGAAGUGGUCAGAUUAACCAAACCUGGCUUCUCACACAGCUGCUCUGUUAGUCAGAACUUUGACUUCUUCAUUAGCCACUACAGUAAUGUCAGCACGCCCCCUUGUGUCCACGUGUAUAAACUGAACAGCAGUGAGGAUGACCCGCUGAGCCUGGUGCCAGAGUUUUGGGCCAGUAUGAUGGAGUCCCCAGGUUGCCCCGGAGAUUAUAACCCCCCAGAGAUCUUUGACUUUCCGGGGAAGUCUGGCUUUCAGCUUUACGGGAUGGUGUACAAGCCUCACAACCUGCAGCCGGGCCGGAAACACCCCACUGUGCUCUUCGUCUACGGAGGGCCACAGGUGCAGUUAGUGAACAACACAUUUAAGGGGAUGAAGUACCUGCGGCUCAACACUCUGGCCUCCCUGGGAUACGCCGUGGUGGUGAUCGAUGGCAGGGGGUCCUGUCAGAGGGGGCUGGAGUUCGAAGGAGCGCUUAAAAACAAAAUGGGUCAGGUGGAGAUCGAGGACCAGGUGGAGGGGCUGCAGUACGUGGCACAGAAGUUUAACUUUGUGGACCUGAGUCGAGUGGCCAUUCACGGCUGGUCCUACGGGGGCUUCCUGUCGCUCAUGGGGCUCAUCCAGAGACCCAACGUCUUCAAGCUGGCCAUAGCUGGAGCUCCAGUGACCGUGUGGAUGGCCUACGACACAGGAUACACAGAGAGAUACAUGGACGUGCCGGAGAACAACCAGCAGGGCUACGAGGAGGGCUCUGUGGCUCUGCAUGUGGACAAACUGCCCAGCGAGCCCAACCGUUUGCUGAUUCUUCAUGGGUUUUUAGACGAGAAUGUGCACUUUUUCCACACCAACUUCCUUGUGUCACAGAUAAUCCGCGCGGGGAAGCCAUACCAGCUGCAGGUUUAUCCCAACGAGCGCCACAGUAUCCGCUGCCCUGAGUCCGGAGAGCACUACGAGAUAAUGCUGCUGCACUUUCUACAACAAUACCUCUGAUGCCCUGCCCUGUGUCACCCACCCCCAGCUUACCACACAUGCCCUACCCACCCGCACACCCACCCGCCUACCCAUGGCACCUUCACCCUCCGUCUCAUGCCCACAAACGCGCCCGUGCAGCCAGCUUUUAAAAGGAAGACAGUGGAGGAGACGAUGGACUUAAGGAGAAACGCACCAACCAUUCAUAACUCGCUGAUGGAACUGGGAAGAGUCUGGGCCGAGAUUUGAUCACGGAAUGAACUGCGUCUGUUGCUUUUGCGUUUUAAGUUUUUAUGAGAAUAUCAGAUACAAUAUUCUAUCAAGAAACUACGUCGUUUUAGCUCUUCAAACUGGAUUUUCAUACUAAAUACUUUGGAGUGAAGGUGGGCUGUUUGGCAGAUAACCUGAUUUGUUGACGUUUGUUGCUGUUAUGGCUGCUUGGUGUGGUCUCCAGCUCACCCAGGUCCUCUAUUCUUAUUCGGUAUUCGCCAUCUUUGACCUUUGACCCUUUGCCCCUUUUGCCAAACGUGUUGUUUCGACUGCCCUGUGCCCGUUUGCGCUGUGUGAGUUUGUGCUAGAGAAUAGUCUUAUAUUUGAAAUGGACGGGCUCAUAUAUGUAAAUGACACGCACCACCAAACGCGUUACUGCAGAGAUUGUCUCAACUGACAAGUAUUUUAUCCUUAAGUUACAAUAGACGCAUGAAACUUGGGGUGUAAACAUGGCUCAGAUCUUUAUUUAAGUUAAACAGAUAUUUUUACUUACUACUAACAUGGGUUCUUAAAGGGCCUAUGACAGGUUGGACUACUCAUUUUACUAAAACACACUUCAAACCAUUAUAUUUAAGAUUUUACACAAUAUUUUACCUUUUUUCCCAGUUUGGCAUAUUUUAGGUUUCAAAUUUUACUUUCUGCUCAGAAAUUGUGACAUCGCACUAGGGAAUUCCAUAACUGUUACCCAGCAACCAUGAGGUACAGUAAGCCAAAUGUUCUCUUACGUAUACAGAGAUUAUUAUGUUAUUAUUGUUAUUAAAGUAUCAGAAAAGGCGUUUCUUGUGUGUAAAUUGUGCCGAACUUUUGAUGAAUUUCUCCCAGUGUGAUGUCAUCAGUGUGGGAUUCUCUAAAAUCGAACUCUCUACCUGUAAUUUUCACCAUAUUUUUCAACUUCUCUUCACAAACUGCUUCUUGAUUGGUGUAAAACUAUAAUUUAAAUGUUCACCAAAAAGUAAAAAUCUGAGAAUCAUCAAAACCUGUCAUACGCACUUCAAGUUUUAAAUACAUAAAUAUACUUUCUGGACAAAAACUGUGUUGACAGUUUACUGAGGGCGGGUACAUUUCUUUGACCUUUAUCACAAAAUGAGCUUUGCUUUUUAAUUACACUUGAUGCUUUCAUUGGAAUCUUUAUUUCUCUGCAACAAUAGCAACAAACAAUGCUACUUUAUUUAAUUUUUUUUUUAUCUUAUUGCUUAUCUGGAUUAUUCAGCGUUACUGACAUGACUGUUCAUUUCUGUCUCUUAUCUGCCCUAUCACCUUGCACUAGCAUUACAUUACCCAGAGCAUUAGAGGGUACUUGGUGUUUUUUUUUUCAGUUCAUUAUUGCAAAUUGUGCAUUUUAAACAAUACUACUCAAGUGAAUCUGAUUAACUAUUGACAUAUAAAACCAAUAUAUUUACAUGCUGACUUUCUCCUAGUUUAAAAGGUUUAUAUUACACUGUUCUGAGCUCUGUUAGAAUGUUUACUCAUCCAAAACAGACCUGGAGCUGUGUUUUCUCUCAUUCACACAUGUUAAAUCCUGCAGAAUUCUUCUCUCAAGCAGAAAACACUCUGUUCCACUUUGGGGUAAUUCAUGAAGUGCUCCACUGUGUUUUUAAACUCCAUGCACCUUCACUACAAUCAUUUGGAUAAUUUCAGCACUGGAAUUUCCAAUCUACUGAGCUAAACUAACGGUAAAAGGUUAACUUAAACUACCACUACAUUACUCAGACAUGUGUGAAUGAAACAAAACACAAGUCCAGGUCUGUUUUUGACGAGGCAGCAACAUUCUGACAUGAUUUAAAGCUCACAAAAGUCCAUUCUGUGUAAUAUAGGAGCUUUUAAUGCCUGCGUCAGUCUGGUCCAUGUCUGCACCCCAUAUGCACUUGUGCGUGUGUGUGUGUGUAAAUUGUAUCAAAUGUGCAUCAGUUGGGCCAGCGUCUCUACAGUGUGGUGCUUUUGUACAGACAGACACAGACCCAGGCCUCUGUGUCCUCUGCUUAUAGCUCUUUAAAUAAACUAUUUUUAUGACGUUUUAUGACCUCGUGGAGGUUUUGUCCCCUCUCACAGCAUCACGCGAGUCGUCUGCUUGCCUUCUUAACUCAUAAUUUAUAUUUGCCAAAGUACCUCUCGACUCAUGCCGGUAUUUCCUUUUUUUACUGCAAUAAAACAGACAGAAGGGUGAGCACCGGAGUAUUACAACAGCUUUGUACCACCGGAAAUCCUUUGUACAUGAUAAUGAAUAAAUGUAUGAUUCAACCACA